GGCAUUCCAGGGACGUGGAACUAGACUUUAUUUUCACUUUUUUCCUCUAGUCCCAUUUUGUAGGUAGCAGGGCAUAGAUGGGGGCUGAGAUGGCAGAGAAUGUCCGCUGCCGGGUGGUUCGGCACUUGGAGCACCUGACAUCGGAGGAGCUGAAGAAAUUCAAGUUGUACCUGGUGGACUGCCUCCCCCGGGGCUGCCUGGAGGGGGCCGAUCGCGCCAAAGUGGCCGAUCUUCUGGUCAGUUCUCGUGGGCCUCAAGAGUCCUGGAAGAUUGCUCUGAGCGUCUGGGAGAAGAUGGGUCUGACGGAGCUGUGGGUGCGAGCUAGGCAGGAAUUCAAAGACAAGAACCAACAGCAUAACAACAUUAAGCCAAGCUUCUACUCAGCUGGAGACAAGAGGACCCCAGAUCCUCUUCUUCCCUCUACCGGGGCCGUGCAGAAGAUCCUCCCACUCCCUUGAGACCCAGAUCAAGUGUCACUUCGUUCAAGAAGUCUUCUGCAACCCAUCAGCCUGCAGACAUCUCUCUUCCAUCCUGAAUUCCUGCCUCUCUGCAUGCCUUUAGUGUAGGAGUGCCUGGCACAUAGCCGGUGCUUAAUAAACUCCUCUUGUUUAAAUGA